AUGAUCGCCGCCGUCAGAGCAGCGAUUCUCAAGCCACAAGGCUAUUCUUCUAACGUCAAAACUGCCUUGUUGUUCCAUUCUACUCCCAUCCUACAACGCAAACAUAAAUCCAACUCAGAAACACGAAAGAAAAAGUUGUCAAGAAGUAGGGCAAAGCAAGACUUGCGUCGUAACGUGAAUGCUUUUGCGGAACACUUGUUUGGGAUGUGGAGUGAUGGGUUUGAUUACUCUGAUAAGCGCACCUCGUGGUUCGAGAAACAGUACUUCAGGGUUUGCAAAAGAAACCGGACUGGUUGUUUUGAUUUCAGUGGAGUUGAUGAUGAGUGUGAAAUUGAAUACUUUCUAAGGAGUGCAUUGGGUGCAUCCUAUAAAGAGAGGAAAUCUCGAUGGAGAGAACGUCAUUUCUAUGGCUCAAACAGACAAGAAGAGGGUGAAGCUCACUCGUGGAGGUAUUCUAACAACAACAACAACCGUGGAGGAGCCAGCUGGAGACAACGAGUAGAUCAAGAAGAAGAAAAGGAAGAAGAAGAAGAAGACAAUCAUUCUUCAACGGAAGUCAACGACUUAGAGUCGAGCGAGCAGUCUCAUAGAAAAACACUUGGCCUUAGUUCCUCAGGUCCCUUAACCCUCGGAGAUGUCAAAAAUGCAUACCGAGUUUGUGCAUUAAAGUGGCAUCCAGAUCUUCACCACGACUCUACCAAGGAUGCAGCUGAGGAAUAA